AUAGUAAAAUUCUCUGGAUUAAUCAUACUAUAAAUAAAAAUUCUUUAUACACAUAUUUUCUGUUCUACAACACCAUUUAAACUGCUUGUAUUCAAAUAAAUUGGAAUUUGAACAACUGUCUAUAUAAAUAUAUAAUACGAGCUGUGAAACCAAAUAAUGGAUUUGUCAGAUGUUCAAGAAAAACUUUAUCCACAGAAAAUCAUACUGGAUACUAGCAUACAAACAGUGACAGGAGAACCAGUUCCUGCUGGAACAGAAAUCUGCGUUUUACUUUGUGAUAAACUAGUAGUUUGUGUUGAUGAUGAAGAUUAUGUAAAUGUCAAUAUUGGAUGCAGUAAGGAAACUACCGACAGAUUUGAUAGAAUAUAUCUUAAUCCUGGAAAUCAGGAAUCCUUUGCUGACAUUCAUCGCAAUGGGGAAACAUUUAACUCGUUUGAAAAGUUGUGCUGUGAACGUCCUCGCUUUUUUUCCUGUAGUAAUGAUCUUUUUGCAUUUGAUGGAAAUGAUUGUGUCAAAGUAAAGAGUGGAGAGAAACUAGAAUUUAAGACGAUACAGGCUGACACUAACGUAAGGAAAACACCGAAAACAUCAAUCGUUGUGCUUAGUAACCGUGAAAACUAUCAAGUUCAUAUACCAUCUGCAAAUAACUAUACCUUCCAGGGCCUUGAGGACCCCAAUCAUUACACAUCACACGAGUUGAUAGAUAAUUUUCCUUUACCAAGACAAGUGAAAAUUAUUGACGAAAGAUUAGGAGUAUCGUAUAGAUGUUCUAAAGAACUCAAUUUGCAGUCAGUUACAACAAAAUAUUUUCUAUUGUUUACAUCCGAACUCAAAACCGGCCCUCCAAUAUCUGGAUUUGAACUUCGACAUCAAGUUAAGUGUUGCGAAUUAUACGAUCCGAGAGCAGUGAAAAUCCGAACACGUAUUGACAACAGUCAAAUUGACGAUACGUUUUCUACAAUAUUUUUAUUUGGAACAAGUCAAGAUGACCGAAUGGUAUUUUCAGUACUUGGUAGACAGGACGCAGUUUCCAGAUUAAAAGCAGGUCGACUGGAUUGUAAAGAUAAUGACUCAGGAUUUUCCGAUAGUGAUUUAGAAUCCUGUAUGUCAACGCUAGCGAUAAGAAAAAGAAAAACAUCCAAUAUCCAACAUAUUUCAGGUGGUAAAAACACACAAUCAAAGCAAACUAAACCGAGAUGUAUACGUAGAUUAUCUACAAAAGAUGACUUCUUUGGAAAUUCCAUCGAUGAUAGCAAUACAACGUCCACUCGCUCCUUUAGACAAUUUGUAGGCUUUAGAUUGGAUAUAGAGAAAACAUCCAACAUCCAAUAUAUUUCAGAAAGUAACAACACACUAUCGAAGCAAACUAAACCGCGACGUAUACGCAGAUUAACUACUAAAGAUGACUUCUUUCUUUACAAAUUCCAUCGAUGAUAGCGAUAUCACAUCCGAUCGAUCCUCCGGAGAAUAUAUAGGCAUUAUAUUAGACAGAGAGUGAUAUAAGAUCCAUUACGAUAAUUCAACUUGAUUCUGCUUAAAAAUGACACGCUUUAUGAAUUUGCUGCAAUAUUUUGUGAGGAACAAAUUGAUGGUGAUUUUUUCAUAGACAUGUCUGCAGAAAUUUUAAAGAGGAGACGUUUAAUUUGAAUAGUUUCGAAAUUUUUAAAGUGACAAAAUUUCAGAGUCGAUGGAAUCCGAAAUAAGUUCAUUAUUCAUAUAUAUCUUCCUUGCAGCGGUAAUGUGAACAAAUUGGGUUAUGCAUGUGUUUGCAUAGGGAACACUUUUAAAUUAGUAAACAGAACAUUUUUUAUUCA